UUUCCAAUCCCCCAUCCAUGAAUCCCCUUCAAAAAAACCCAAAUUCAUGAAUCAAAAAUCCCUAAAUCUCCUAUCCCCACCCCCUUCAUCCCCCACUACUCACCCAUCCCCAACCUCUCCCCCUUCUUUCACAGUAACCCUCUCUUCCAAUUCCUCCCAAAACCUCCUUAAGCACAACUUUCAGACUUCUUCGUACUAUAAGUCACCUAUUUUCAUAACUUCUUGAGUCAGAAGGAGACUGGAGUGGGAAAUUUAAGUUUAGGAUUUUGGGGGUUUAGAGAAGUAGGUGUACUUUUGGAGGUUGGGGGGAGAGAGGAGGAUAGGUGGGUGAGUGGGUGUGUAGGUUUGGGUAGAUUGGGGGUUGGGGAAUUGGUGGGUUUUGAGGGGAAUUUUGGGGGAUGAUGGGGAAAGGGGGUUAGAGUUUGUGAUGGGUUAAUUAGGAGUUGAUGUUGUUGAGAAUUUGGAAGAAAAUUGUAAGAUUUAGUUCUUUAGGUAGAGUUCUCUCUUUUUUCUAGAUUUAAGUAAUAAUUUUUUGCUGAAAUAAUCAUUUUCUAAAACUUUUUAAAGACUAUUAAAGAAUCUCAAGCAUCCAAAUUUAUGAAAUGAGCACUAUGCUUUUAGACUAUAAUAUUGUAAAAAUUUCUCUUCCUUUUUAUAAUAAAAACAGAGAGCAAUUCAAAUAGCAAAUAACAUAUUAAAAUAAGGAUCCUUGAUGAGAAAUAUGAGAACUAGCUAUCCAAGCCACAACCUUAAAAUAUUCCUAACAAAAUAAGAAAUAGUAAAACUCCCUUCUUAACAAUAGUUGCAUCAAUGUUCAAACCAGGCCUUCAAAUAAGCAUUAAAAACCCAAUAACACUAAGACCCCACCUAAAUUUUUCAAAAAAUCAGCUUCAAAGUCUUAAUCCUAAAACCCAGCCGCAUCCAAUUUUAUUCAACUUUUAACACAAUAACACUAGACCAGUAAUUCGUAUUAUCAAC